AUGCCAACCAUGUUCAUGAGCCUCUUUAGCCCGUUAAAAACGGACCUCAUCCAAGAAAAUGAGAUGGAUAGCUUUGAAGCUCGGAUUGCGAAGAAACGCUCGCAGGCUAAGAAGCCAGCAACAACACCGCAGAGGGCACCAUUGCACCAGCCAGCCCAUAUUGCACAAGAAACAGCAAUAAAAUACGAUGUUGCAGGGUCGAAUACCGGGAAAGAGAAUGUACCACCGGGAAUUUUGGCUGGGACUGAUAUCAAACAAAAGACGGAAACUUGUCCGGCUGCUCUCCCCGAUCUUAAACCCGUUCCUGUCAAGGAUAUUAGAGAAUCGCCUGUAUCUAUUGGCGAAGAGGGUACGAAACCACAGCACCGGGCCGCAGCUCAAGGGAAAUCAUUAGUCCUGCGAGAAAGUUGUCCGAACAGUCCCAGGACUCGAGUGCGGAAUGGAGCUUUCAAUAAAGCUGGUCUCAGGCUCUCAACUGGAGUAACCCAGGAACCAAAUGCAUUUAAAAAUGUCAAGAAAACGACGAGGGGUCAAGCAAAACUACCUGGAAAAUCGCCUUUAGCACAACCGACCAAAAGAAUGGCACCGUUGAAGCUCGCAGCUCCCCGUAUUUCAGAUCUUGAUAUCUCAAAAAAAUACCCAAUUCUUGACGAAGAUAUACCCAAUCCAUUCAUGUACGAGGAGAACUGGUUGGCACAUCAAGAGAUUGUUAUCACGCAACUCGUGAAUAGCCUUUUUAAUUCGGCACAUCAGGUUGCGUCUGCAGGAAAUCCUCAGGAUUUGCGCCUCGAAUUUCUUGAUCAGUAUCAAGAUGCAUAUUUUUCGCUUCUAUAUAAACGCGUCAAGGCGUCCAUGCUAUACGGAGCUUUACGGGUGCCGAAAGACAUCCUCAACCGUGGCAAUCGUCUCAGAGACGACGUAGGAAUGCGUCGGAAAUUCUUGAACCUCUGGUUAAAUAAUUAUGAUCUCACGGCCCUGACAGCUGCGGCGGAAACAGUUAUUGGAAGAAGGAUGUCAAAACCCGAUGAUUCACAGGUCCCGUCGAGACCGCUACAUGGGAAAGCCUUGCGGCGAUCCUUGGAGGAAUACCUAGACAUGUUCCUGAUUAAAAACGAGGAUUCAAGUUCUGCUACGCGAAACGUAAAGUAUAACGGCGAAGAUGGAGCGGAAGGAUCGCCGUACUGCCAGACUCUGCUCAGGAGCAUAAUGAUCAUUCUACUCCUCGAUAAGACACGGAUUGCACCCGGGUCAUCGCUUCCUAGAUGUUUAUUUAUACCAUCCUCAGAGUACAAAUCGUCUGCCGCGGUGCUUCGCGCCUUGGGACACUUGCUCCUGCCGACAAUCGGAGAUAUUAUGCGCCCACUCAGUCACUUGGACUGCCAGGUUGUCUACGAGCAAAACCGCUUGCAUGAGCAUGAGUAUCGAAUCAAGAAUCUUGCUGUCGAUCUUCGGGAUGGGAUCAUAUUAACCAGGCUAGUUGAACUCCUGUUACUCCAAAAAGAGUCACAGGACCUAGAGAGCACUGUGUCUCUUGAAAUGCCAGCAGAUCAGACAUUGCCGCUUUCACAAGGAAUGAAUGAAUGGCCACUAUCCCAGCAUUUGAAGAUUCCGUGUCCCAGCAGAGCAACGAAACUUUUCAACGUUCAGAUUGCGUUGGGCGCGCUCUCCGAAGUUCGAGGCAUAGGCACAAUUGUCAAAGACAUUCGCCCCGAGGACAUCGUGGACGGGUAUCGUGAGAAAACCAUUGCUUUGCUGUGGGGCUUGGUAGGAACAUGGGGUUUGCCGGGUCUGCUUGACUGGGGCGAUUUGAAGCGGGAGAUAACUCGGCUCAGGUCAAAAAACAAAGGGCCAACACAAUGCGAGCACACCGACCAAAGCGCGACGGGCAAUCAAGAAGACUCUGUUGAUGAAUAUGAAGGAGGGGUAUUCUUAUUAAGAGAAUGGGCAUCAUGCCUUGCGAGACUCAAAGGAGUUCAUCUUGAGAACAUGACGACUAGUUUUGCCAAUGGGAAGAUAUUCGAGAGCAUCGUCGACGAGUAUGAACCGUUCAUUUUGCUGGGCAAUAGGAAAGAGUUGAAUACGGCCCAAUCUCAGACCCGAAAACGUAGUCUGGCACAACGACUUAAGAACUUGGGCUGCAGUUCUCAAUUUGCGUCUCUAGUCGCUCCAUCGGGUAGUUCUGCGGCGCAUAUUUUCGAUCAAGAUUUCACGGUUGGCGCGCUCGCAUUUUUGUGCUCUCGGCUUUUAUCGGCGUCGAAGCGUGCCAGGGCUGCAGUUGCCAUCCAAUCUGCUUGGAGAAGAGUGCUGGAGAAACGGAGGAAUUGA